AUGACUCGUAGGAAAACAAAAUACCAGAGUGGUGCUUUCAAAGCUAAGAAAAGAAAAAGAAUAGAGCAGCUUGAAAGUUCUUUAAGAGGAUCGAUGAACAAAUAUUUGGCUCGAACAAGUGAUAGUGUUGGACUUUCGGAAAGAAUAAGUGAAAGUGAUGGUCCUGCAGCAGCAGAAACAAUGAAUUACAUUAACAGUGAUGAAGAAUAUGCAAAUUUGGUUAAUGAAAUGGAGAAAGAAGAUGGUUUUCUCAAUGGUGGUGGUAGUAGUGGUGGUCUUAGUGGAUAUAAUCAUAAUGUGCAAGGUGAAGAAUUGUUACAGCCAACUAUAAAUGAGAGUGAACACGGGAACGACGAAGUGCAGAAUGAAGAUUACGGACCAGUAAACAUUUAUGAUCCAGGAAAUUGGAACUUCAUUGACCAACAUUUCAGAGAUUUUUUGGUAGAAAAGGGUCCCAUCAGAGUAAGUAAAAAUGUCCAAUAUCCUUACAAUGAACAUCGUAGACGAUUCUCUAAUCGUCAUUAUAAACGAAAAAUGAGUAAUGGGGAAAGGGUUGAUAGGAGAUGGCUAGUAUAUUCAAUUGUUAGGGAUCGCGUGUUCUGUUUUGGUUGCAAAUUGUUUAAGGGAGAUGGGGUUGAUUGUCAUUUGGAUACCAUUGGCUCUAAUGAUUGGCAUAAUCUUGGUAAAAAACUUAGACAACAUGAUACCUGCCAUGGGCAUCUAUAA